AUGAGGUAUCUCUUUCGUGAUCUAUUAAUUCUAUGUAUGGUAAUUGAGGGUUUUGGAAUCAAAGUAAAUUAUAUAUACAAAUGGAAAUAUGCCGACUUCACAUGGGAAAGUAACGAACAGAAGGAAGACGCAAUAAAUUCUGGCACGUACAAUCGUUCUGCGUUCCCGUUAUACGAUGUAGACAAAGCAGAAGAUGGUAGAAUAUUCAUUACUGCGUCAAGAGAACUAGGUCCUGGUGCACCUGCUACCUUGGCGACUGUAACAGAUGAGAUAGGACCAGGGGGGCCACUUUUACGACCAUAUCCGGAUUGGAGUUGGCAUAAUAGUUAUUAG